UCUUCCUCCUCCUCGACCCCAGUGUCCCCCAAUCAAUUCUCCAACUCAGUGAUAAGUCAACAAUUUGCCUCUCCCAGUCUAGAAAAUGCCGCCUUUAGCAUGGCAUUGACAAAUCAAGGUUACAAAACCGUUGCAGGCACUCUAGCGUCACCCUCUAACAGCAUAGCCCUUAAGGCAGCCCCCGCAGCAACCACCUCAGCAGCAGUCUCUGCACAAUUGGCCUUGUUAUCGGCCACCCCCUCAUCGUCGGGUAAUUCACUGAAUGUGAAAUUGCCCUUACCCUUUAACAUAACACCACUGAAUAUAGCGCCACUGCCUUUGCAGGCUGGAGCACCCUAUGCCAAACUACCUCAAGGUGUAACCUCAUAUGGCACCAUUUAUCCUCAGAGAAGAAGGCGCUAAGUCUAAAAGCGCCACAAAAAUACAUCAAAAAAAAAAAUAAUUAUUAAUAAUUUUUUAAUUUAGUCCAAUUUUUCAUUAAUUUUAAAUAGCUACGCCUUUAAAAUAACUAGCAACAACAAAAACAACAACAAGAAUGACUAUGGCACAGCUAGAGAGAAGAAGAAGAAGAAGAUAGAUAGAUUAGAUGUUAAGCAAACCAC